AUGCUGCUUGUAGCUUCAGCUUUUUUAAUAACACUACUGCAGUACUCUAAUGCCCAGGACAAACCAAGCAUUACACCUGCGGACUGUGACACCAUUGAAAGAGAGGCAGGAGUGGCCCUGGAUUUGGUCAACAGGCAUCGCAGAGAUGGCUAUGUUUUUGGUUUAUUCCGUGUUGCUGAUGCACAUCAACUACAUAUAGGAAAUUCAUCAGUCCUCUACUUAACUUUGGAUGUGCUGGAAACUGAAUGCUCUGUCUUAUCCAGAAGACACUGGGAGUCCUGUGAAUACAGUGACUCCUAUCUCAUGGACUUUGGGCAAUGUAAGAUUAUCACAUACACAAGCCAUCUGCUAAGGAAACCUCAGCUCUAUGGAUUUAAUUGUACAUUAAGUCCAGUUCCACCUGACUUACUAGAGUGCAAAGAUUGUCCUGUGAAAAUUGAAGCCCUAGAAGUCACUGAGGAACAUAAAAAUAUUGCUGCAAAGGCCCUGAAGAAAUUCAACAGGGAAGGUAACCACACAAACCACUUUGCUGUGGCCAAAGUUGAAAAGGUUUUCAAGAUGACUGCCUCCCAUGAAGGUCAUAUUUUGAGAUUCUCUAUAAAAGAGACCAACUGUUCCAAAUCCAUGCAACAAGCAGACCAGGCACUGGAAUGUGAUUUUCUGGAUUACUGCCAUGCUCACAUGGGAUUCUGCAAGGCAAGAAUUAUCAGUGAUGCAGAUGAACCUGAUGGAACAGACUUAAGUUGUGAAAUCUACCAUCCCUGGCAGCAUCACUAUGGGCAAAGAGGCAAUCAUUCAGGUCUUGGAAAACCACACAGACAUCACCAUCAUCAUCAUUUUGGUCACAGACGUCAUCAUAGACAUCAUCACAGACAUGAAUGUCCACCCUCUUCUCAAUCCAGACCUGAAGACCCUGAGCAUAACCACAAUAUCAGCAAGGAAGAUCAAGACAGCCAUGAAGGACCUGCUCCCAUUCCUCCCCAGGAUGGACCACAUCACCACCAUCCUCCUCACCAUCAUGGACCACACUGUCCUCCUCCUCCUCCUCCUCCUCCUGGACCAUAUCACCACCAUCCUUCUCACCAUCAUGGACCACACUGUCCUCCUCCUCCUCCUCCUGGACCACAUCACCCCCAUCCUCCUCAUCGUCAUGGACCACACUGUCCUCCUCCUCCUCCUCCUCAUGGACCACAUCACCCUCCUCCUCCAGGACACCCUCCUCAUUUCCGUCAUCACUUUUACAGACAUCACAGCAACAAGACAAGCAUGUGGGGAAAGCAUUUUCCAUUCCAUGUAACAGGCACUGUCUAUCACAUUCCAGUUCUAAAUCAGCAGGAUUCUCUCACACCUCCCACAGCAAACUUUCCUGAGCUAUCCCAACGCAAUCCUCACUCCUCCAGCACUGGUGAAGGUAAUCCCUUCACUGGCUCAAGACUAAAGGAGGUGCCAGAAGUUCCGGGUUUUCCAGAUCACUCUACACAAUCAAAGUCAUGCCCAGGAAACCCCAAACUUGUUUUUCCAAAAAUUUUGCCUUUAUUUCCACAUAGCUCCAUGGCAGAAAAUUCUCCUAAAUGA